AUGGGUGGUCACCUGCCCCAGAUCCUGCUUUAUAUGUUUGUUUUGCAACUUCCGGUUGUGAAUGUGCAAAGAAUUGAUGCCAUUUCCCUGAAACUACAACAACUUGAUGAACAGUUCAAUCAGUUCCAGGCUUUGACCCAGGCCCGAAUGGACAUGUUGGCUCUGAACCCAAAAAGGAAGUCAUCCUUGGAUGUGUUGGAGCGUCGUGUUCAGGCCCUGAGUGACCAUUACCACCACAUGUCACAGGAUCUGGAGCACCUGAGACUCAGCACAGAGCAGGAAAUCAAAGGACUAAGAAGUUGGAUUCGGAAGACUGACAAAAAGUCCAAGCGAAUGGAGGGUCGAUUGGUUUUGUUGGAGAAAAACCGAAGGGAGAACUGCUGUCACACCCAGGAACUGAAGCCUGAUCCUGGUCAGGACCUUUUGAACUUGACCCUGGAGCUUCAAAGCCAAGAGGAAAAGUUGGUUGCCCUUCAAGUCCAACGUGAUGAGCUGAUCAUUGGAUUACAAGGUUUGCAGGAAUCGCUGAAACAACAGGCACUGACUGUGACCCGACUGGAGCUUCAGAUUAGCAAAGCUCUGCAGUCAAAUAGAAGGAGGAAAGUCAAAGGGUGGGGGAGGAUGGGAGAGGCCGCCAGCUCCAACUUUACAUCGCUGGAUUUCUAUAGAAAUCAUAAGAGAAACCAGAUGCAAAGAGAAGGAAGGAGAUGGAGGAUUCUGGAUGGAGGAGCCCAACCCAGACUAGAAGGAAUCAGCCAAACUCAUACUGAUAGUCAUUCACUGGUCGAACAGUUUCAAUAUCAUGGAAUAAAUAAGCCUAAAGUCUCAAAAGCCCAGAAGCCAAGAGCUCAUCUAAAGAACAAAGUCCAACAUCCAAACACUGGACCUCUUCCCCCUCAGUCACAAAGGAAUCCACAAACUCAAACAUGGCCCUAUCCAACAGGACAGACGCGCCUCCAGCCUUAUGUAACUGUAACUUAUAAUCAUACCCAGAUCCAGCAACCAACCCAGGUUAGUUCAUAUUUUUGGAAACAACCCAACUUACAGAACCAUAAACACCCCUCUUGGACCCGGUCCAAGCAGGUUCUGCCUCAUCUGGAACCAAACAAAGAUACACAGAGCAGGACCAUGGAGAGAGCCCCUCAUAACCAGGAUUCAUCUGUUCUCCAUCAGCCCAUGGCUGAAUCUUACCACCUCAGGGCCAGUGGGUGGGAUGAAGGAGAAGUGAAAGACAAUGACACAAAAGCAGAGUCUUCGUGGAUCCAGAAUAUCCUUCAACUUCCUGCGAGGCACAAGAUCCCAGCACAGCCAGUUCCCAAAAAGGAUGCAGUCAUCUGUAACGUGGACUCCAUGCUGUUGUUCCCGUCAGCCUCAGCAGAGAACUAUGCCAGCUUCUCCCUGAGUCUCCCAGACCUUCCUGAACUUUCUCUUUGCUUAUGGCUCCAUGUUGAGGACCCACAUCUUGGCACUCUGCUCUCCUACGCUACAGAGAACAAUGACAACCAAUUAGUUCUGUAUGGACUAAGCUCCUCUGCUUCUUCCUCAUUGUUCCAACCUUCCUACCAUUCUUCUCCACCCUCAGCUUCCUCAGUCUCCCUGGACUUUGUCAUCGGAGACCCUGUGUAUCGUCGUCUCCCUGUGUCAUCACUUAUGGACACUCACUGGCACCACCUCUGUGUUCUUUGGUCCUCUAUCCAAGGCCGUUUCUGGUACUACCACAACCGCCAUCUCAUCUCCUCUGGCUCUAACUUUAGGAAGGGGUGGGAGAUUCCUGGAGGUGGAUCCGUGGUGCUGGGACAGGAGCAGGACUCUGUUGGUGGUGGGUUUGAUCCUGCAGAGAGUUUUGUGGGGCAAAUGACAGGGUUUAACUUAUGGAACCGGGUGCUCAGCUUUUCAGAGGUAGAAGGCCUGGCAGAAGGGAGAGUAGUGCCCAGAGGAGUGGUGCUGGGCAUGAAGGAUAUAAAGGAAGUCCAUGGGGAGGUGCAGCAUGUGCCCUGUGACUGUUUAGAGCACUGCUUCUGAACAAAGUUAUGAAGCAGAAAUCAGCUGAAGAGUCAGAAUUACAUUUCUUUUCAUAUACACAUAUAAUGCUGACACAUUUCUUAUUGGUCGGCAAGGCUUGGACACAUUAGAGAGUUCAAACCUGGAACCAACACAAAUGGACAAUGUUGUAUGGAAAAUGCAGUUGUGCAUUUGAU